UCAUUGAACAGUAAUCGGUUGAGAUUUCUGUGUUCCAAGCUGGGUUUAUAUGAUAUAUGUACUCCAACUUGAGGGAGAGUGUUAAGGAAGAAAAUCAAUUAGAAAUAAUGUGUAUUAGGCAAGAAUAUUAUUUGGUAUAUUUAGUUUCCAUAUAUGUACGUGAUUCAUUCUCAAUAUAAAUAGAAGGGGAGAGGAGACGAAGAGUAGAUUUUUUCUCUCUCAGUUUAUGCAAAUUAAUAUUCAGAACAUAACCAAAAGCUGGCCUUCGAGAUCAUGUCAUCACCAAUAUAUGUCCUCAUUAUUUUUGUCAUUCAAAUAGAGCUUUGAUUGAUUUCUUUCCAAAAUGGAACUGAAGUGUAAUAUUUUUCUAUUUCGCAGAGCCACUCCUCUGCCCUAACUGAUGAUGAAUCGAAGAUUGUUUGUAUUGGAAAAAAUGGAUUUGAGAAGAUAAUCCGGACAGUUUAUGCAGAGAAGAAGGCUGAGCUCAACAGUGGCUUUUAUGAAGCAAUGCGAAAAGAACUUGAAUAUGAUGUUGAAGAAAUACGAACGGAACUAAAUCAAGUGGACAAACCCAAAAAUCUUCGAGAUUUCUCUGCGAUCAGAAAGAAUUAUACUGCAAAGCUAGAUCAGUCAGAGAAGCGCAAGCAAGAUCUUCUCGCUGAAAUAUUGCUAGAGGAGCAACGAGGCCAGGAGCUCUCCAAGAUUGUCAGAGAUUUACUUCCGGAUUCAAAGACUUCAUCUGUUGCUCAGAAGCCAUUCCGAGCUAGAAAGAGAAAUAAUGAGAAAAGUUGGGCGUCACAGCAAUUGAGUGAGGAGGCCGAAAAAUAUUUCGAGGACUUCAUUUCAAAUGUUGAAGAUACAGACAUAUCUUCAUUUGAUGGCGAAAGAAGUGAUGGAAGUUCGACCCUGGGGGGCGCCAGAAAGGCAAGAGAUUCUUCAACAAGAGAAGUAGAGAGCUAUCAAAGUCCAGCAGGAUCUAUUAGUUGUCCUGUUGAAAUGGAGGGUGUUCUUUUACCUUGGUUGAAGUGGGAGACUAGUCCCGAUGGUUCUGUUUCAGGCAAGAAUAAAGAACAGACUCCUCUCUCUCCAAAACCACUGCAGUGGGACUUAGAAAAGGAUGGGAUCUCAAUAAAUGACCCAAGCAUUCAUUCUACGAGCAGUAAUGGGAGUUGGAGUCCUGGAUACUUAAAUAGUCCUCCUUUAAAUACAAGAGAAGAGAAUGAAGGCAAAACCAGACAAUUUGUCGACAAACAAGUAUCCCAUUUUAACAUGGACGAAUACCUUAAACUUGGGAAGAGUGAGGAACUCUUGUUCGAAAUGUAUAAUGAACGAAACCGAAUUAAUUCGGGUGGGCUUUUGCUUUGUAACAAUGUAUUGCAAUUAUUUUCUUGGUAAAUUCACGUUCCCAUGUUGAACGGCUUCAAAUAUAUAUAGUUUUAUUUUUCAGAUAGUAA